GACGCCUCUUGGAGGGUUUGCGAUCGUCGCGGUGCGGACAGCGCAAGGGAGGAGGUGAAGGAUGGUGCAGUAUUGGCGCUAAAAGGGAAAGAGGGAGAUUGUGAUCGUAUCUUAGCAGCAGGAGGUGACUCAGGAGGGUGUUGAAGGAUUGCAGAGUUGGAGGAAGAGCCGGAGCCGAGAGGAUGGGUGUUACCUGCGUUUCCCAGAUUCCUGCAGUUGAGGGGAAGAGUGUCCAGCAAGCAGUGGAGAUGCUCACCAAAAAACUGGAGCUAUUGGGUGCUGUUAAGCAGGGGACCUUUUGCGUGGACUGUGAAACCUAUCAUGCAGGACCAACUGUAACCAUCCCAGGGCAGGCUGCAAAGUUCAUGUAUGUUAUGCACAACACAGAAUAUCCUCUCAGCUGCUUUGCACUUUUUGAAAACGGCCCCUAUUUGGUGGCAGACUCAAACUUUGACACGUUGAUGAUCAAACUGAAGGGGUUUUUCCAGAAUGCAAAAAGCAGCAAGAUAGAGAGCCGUGGACCUCGCUACCAAUACGGCGACUUCCUAAUAAAGGUGGGGACAGUCACCAUGGGACCAAGUGUGCGUGGCAUAUCAGUUGAGGUGGAGUACUGUCCUUGCAUUAUCUCCAAUGACUGUUGGAAUCUCAUGAUGGAAUUCAUGCAAAGUUUCAUGGGAAGCCAUACACCCGGGAUGCCUUCUGUAUUCUCAGCAAAACAUGAUGGAAUUUAUACACCAACAGACACAGCUAUUCAAUACAUGGAGCUGUUCAAUAAGAUUCGGAAACAGCAACAGGCCCCUGUGUCUGGAAUUAGAUAGACUACUUCAGUGUGGGAAAUCUGAAUUGAGUUGCAUAUGAACUUCAUACUUUAUAUGUUUUGUUACUUUUUGCAGUCUAAACCACAUUCUUGCAAAAGUAAAUAGCACAUGUUCAAUAUGGAAUGUUCUAGGAAUCAUUCAAGGUGCUGCAAAAAUUUCACACAGUACUUUCUGCUUCAAAGGAACAGAAGGUGUAGUCAAGAAAAAUGGUUUGUUGCUUUCCCCCUCUAUCGACAGAUGUGGCCAUUCAACAUCUGGGUGUCACUUUUCUAAUAUGAUCAGUGAAAUCUUCCUGUGCGUUAUUUUUAAUCUCUCCUCUAACCCCACUAUCCCAACUCUGCUCACACUGAUUCCCUUGUUUGGAAUGUCUUUGGAGUAGAAUUAUUCAAUUAAAUAUGGCACAACCUGAAGAGAUGACUCUGUGCUUUUGCAAUUUCAAGCUUGGCAACCUUAAAACAAGUGGUGAGUGGAAGCUUUCAGCAAAGAUCUGAAGGGAACGUACAGCCUUAUGAAGAAGCAUCAGUGGACCCAAACAUUAACCCUGCUUUCACUCCACAUGUGCUGCUAGAUCUGCUGAGAUUUUCCAGCGGUUUCUGUUUUGUUACAGCCUUGUGUUUGACCGCACAUCCAAUGAUUGAUUUGAAAGUCAUGUGAGUGAUUCAGACUGCCUGCCUGACUGUGGGUCAUGUGGGGUUUAGAAAUUCAGUGGCAAAGGAGAAACACUCUCCAGCUCCUAACAGCUGAAUAAUCUUUAAACAAAACCAAUGUUGAAAAUCCGAAAUAAAAAUAAAAAAUGUGACAAAUUUUCAGUAGUACAUGCAGUCUCUGUGCAGAGAGAAAACUGCUGAUGAAAGGUCAUUUUGAAUGUUUACUCUGUUCCUUACUUGCAGAUGCUGCUUGACCAGAAUAUUGACUGUAUUUUCUGUUCUGAUAAAUAAAUUCUUAAUGUCUUCCUGUGCAACCGUAUAAGUCACAAGCUCAAUGAAGAUAAACUGCUUUGCUUUAGAUUAGGACUGAAAGAUUGUCUUAGGCUUUGUAAAUGCCUUUUUCUUUUGCUGGUUCAUGCUGGCAAAUGAACUUACCGGCUUUGUAAAAUUAGUGAGAUAGAUUUCAGUUUGUGUUAAAGUCUACAUUGGAUCAACAUCGCAAGCACAGGCUGAGAAGCGAAUUUAAACCAGAAGAAUGUCCCAUAUCUGACCCGUUGACCCCAACUGGAGCAAUUGUGUGGGCUUCUGGAGUGGACAAGAAUGCUGCUUGUGACCAGACAGCCUGCUGAAGGCAGAUCUGCAUGUGAAUGGUGCCCCUUGUGAGGUGCUGGUCAACUGCUGAUGCUGUUGGGUGUUUCUAAAUUUUGCCUAUUAAACAUUUGAAAUUCUCUA